CACAUCCUUUUAUUUCCUGGAAGGAGGAGCGACCCGGUGAGCGCAGCCGCCCAGCAAGUAUCGGUCUGUCACUCCCUUGCUCACCGGGAUAACGGAACCGUGUUUCUGACCCGUUAACUGCCGUUUAGUACAUUAAACUGGAUGCCUCUAUGGUCCAGCUAAGCUUACAGCGAGAAACACAGUGUUCAGUUUACUCAAGAGGUGAGCCAUGGCUGAACAGAAUUCUGCCCGUCCCCAAAGAAAGAUGUCCACCUCCGGGGAGAGCGUAUAUAAGGUGCUAGGCCUCGAGAAAGGAGCUUCAGCUGAAGAAAUUAAGAAAGCAUACAGAAAACUAGCGCUGAAGUACCAUCCGGACAAGAACCCAGACAACCCAGAUGCAGCGGAGAAGUUUAAGGAGAUUAACAAUGCCAACUCUAUUUUAAACGAUGAGAACAAAAGAAGGAUUUACGACGAGUAUGGCUCCAUGGGCCUUUACGUAUCCGAACAGUUUGGGGAGGAAAGUGUCAAAUACUACUUCCUCAUGUCCAAAUGGUGGUUUAAGAGUCUGGUGCUGUGCUGCACACUUUUUACCUGCUGCUGCUGUUGCUGCUGUUGCUGUUUCUGCUGCGGGAAGUGCAAACCCCCCGACGAUGACGAAAACUACCAAUAUGUUGACCCUGAAGACCUGGAGGCUCAAAUCAGAGCAGAUCAGGACGGAGGUACCACUGUAAUCAUAAUCCAGCCAGUAUCUGAUCUGGGUCCAGAAACCCCAGAGGAACAAAGUAAGCCCAUCCCCCUGCCUUUACCCAUGCCCCCACCUGAGCCCCAGUCGUCUUCAUCAGCCAACACACCAGGGGAAGAAAACCCCAGAGACAGCUUACAAGAGUCUAAAUGACUCGAAAGUGAUCGUGUGAUUCAGUGUCAACAAGCUAACCCAGGAAGCCUUUCGAGGCCCUACUAUGAUCCAGCUACAUCUGACUGCUGUGAGCAAGCCAGAGAAAAGCCAGCCCAAAGUUACCAGCCAGUCCAGAUCUCCUCCCCUGUUCUGACCCACCUUGACCUACCUGAUGCACCCAAGCAAACCUGCAAGGCGGCAACACCUAAAUGCUCGUGGCUGCCUCCAUGGAACCACAUGGAAAUCAGCCAAGCCGAUGGCGACGCUCUGAAAGUUGGGCACUAUCUCCAACCAACUAUCGAACGUAGCUAACAACCAUCCAUCAAGUUCCCCUCUCAUCUGGUUUCUGAAAUGUCUGUUACGCCAAAACUCCAUCCGAGUCCCUCUUAUCAUCCCAUUUCUGACUGCUAGGGAUGACAUAAGAUGGAGAUGUGGAGGGGUAAUUUAUUGCUUUUUACCUCCUUUUUGAUUUGAGAUACAUUUGGUCAUCAGCUGGAGGACUUUUUUAUUGUUUUUUUACAUAUCCCCCACAUAACUUGCUUUUAUUACCUUUGGAAUAUAAGGUUGAUGAUAAAUUCAAUGCCAAACAUCAUAGAAAUCCAGCUGCUCGGCAGAAACGAAGCGUUGAGACUUAAAUAAGGACGUGGAAUCAUUUUCUUCCUCCCUUCUUAUUCGUGUGAACAAUUUCCACCAGUUAUUGUUGCAUCAGCUUCCACUAGCACCCACUAACACUCGCUGUUGUGACUAUUGUGGGUUAAAAAAACCAGACUUCUUUGUCUCCUCUAGAAACUGCUGAUCUCUUGAGGAUCCCACUACAUUUCAUGGUCUGAUGCUAAACGUCUGAGCCAAGAUGAAGAGCUGUUACUGGGAGAAUGAAGACUUCCUUCAUCAGCAUGCAUUCAUUCUUUUGUUUUCCGUUGCAUGCCCUUGUGUCCGUACUGCAUGGAAACCUAAACCACAGAACACUAACAAACUACUCGGCUUUUCCCUGCAUACUGUGGUGAAACGCAGCAUGUGCACAAGUGCACACUCAUACCAGCCCUAAUGUCACUGUGUGCUUAAAGAAAACGAGCAACCCCCUGUGUAACGUGCAGUGACCGAUGCCAAACCAUGGAGCUCUGAUGGACUGGAGGAAGAUACGGUAUAUUCAGUGUUUUGAAGUUACCCUCAUGCUCAUUUACAUUAUGUGAAAGUUCAAACCAAACAUCAUUUUGUAGCUAGCCAGGAUGAAAACAAUCCGCUAUUUACUCCACCAGCUGGGUCUGUGCACCUCUUGUGAUUGGUCUGUUUCCAUUUCUUAUCAUUUGUCUUUGCAGGUUAUUUUUUUUACAUCUUGCAUCCCUGCUGUGCUUAAGAGACUAUCAGUGACCUCAUAUCCAGAUUCACUAAGAUUGGAGUGCUGUCUCCGCAUCUAAUUGAACCAGGGCUUCUUUUUGCAGAAUUUACUCUAUUUAUUUGAUCAUUAUAAAUCAGUCAUUGGCAAGUAACCAACACAUUUUUAUUUAAAUAUUUAAGCCCUUGCAUUCAAACUGAUUUAUCCAUUAUGUCCUACAUUAUUUGUCUUUUUAUUGCAUCCUCCCUGAUGCUUAACUAUCAUUCAGGAUGGAGAUCUCUAAACCUUUACCUACUGGCUUGACACUAACAGUGGUGUGCCUUGAAGAAUAAUUUUAGCAGCGAUAAAGUCGAUUAAGAAAUGAAGAUUUGCAGAAUGUUCCUGGAAUGCUGUGCAGAAAAUAAUCCAGUUUAUGUGAAUUUAUAAUGAGAGCUAAAACAGGCUUCAUCUCCUUUUGUGGUAACUUACACAGCCUUUUCUCUUCCCGUCUGCAAACCUAUAGGGAAUUUACUAAAUAAAUUCAGCCCCUGGAUACGUUUUCUACACUGACACAAUCAUGCUCAGCUUUUUGUUCAUUUUAGAUCGUUAGACCGGACUAAGCAAACUUGUCUUUAGGGCCGUUGUGAAUAAUUUUUGCUUCUUUUAUGUUAGGCAAAGCUACAAUUGACUGACCUAUAAUUUUUCAGUUUUUAUUACGUUUUCACUAAAACACUAAAGUUCUGUUGUGGAGUUAACUGGUGCUUUCUGAUUACACAGACUUUCUUUGUCAGGCUUUUUGAUUUAUUUUUUUUUUAUUUGGGGGAAAUGCUGCAUUUCUUUUACUAGUUUGCUCAGGAUGAGCGGAGAAUGAUUAUAUUAAAUCAGUAACUCUUUGGUUUUGGAAAGCAACCAGAUGAAACUGCUUUAGGUUUUACUCUUCUCUACUCAGGCUGACAACGAAGCACCUGUUGUCUCAGUGUCACAAGUCAACCUUAUUCUAGACUCACUUUUAAAAGCAAGGCUGAGUUAUUUCCUUCAAAUCAACGUUAGGUGCUACCAACUCUUUAAGUAAUCUUGGUUCUUCUCAUUAAACUAAAUGUUGACUCAUUUAUUUGUUUAAAAUAAGCUGAAUACCACCUCUGCAUAGUUUAGAGUCAAAGUCCAGCAGGUAACACCCAAACUGGACCUUUGUUUGAAAAGCUUCAUUUGGAAGAUUUUUCUAACCUUGCUUGAUAGUUUGCAGACAUGAGGAUAUAUUGACGAAAGUAUAUCUAAAACAGUGUUGAGCAAAGUUAGAUCUUCUGUUUUAGAAAGGAGAUUCUAGAAAGAAACAUCUCGCUUCCAUUUAUUUUAAAGAUCAGAUCAGAUCAGUGAUUCUCAACCUUACGACCACCACAACAGUUCUGUUUGAGCCAUAGAAAUAUGAAUUUAGUACUAAAACAGAAUAACUAUCGACAAAAUCACCCCUUCCAGUCAGAUCGAAACUUCAGAAGAUUUAUUAUGAGCGAACUAGAGAACAAAGUUAGAAAAAUGUCCAAUCUUGAGCAGCAGAUUAGGAUUCUGGCAGCUCUGUGUGUCUGUCUGAAACUUGCUUUAAGAAGAAAUAAGUUUAGGUUUUUACCAGAGUUUACUCGUAGCUUAUAAAGCAUAUUUCUGUAUAUGACUGGUGCAGAAAUGUUAAAUUAAACUUGUCAUUAUGGAUCAAAAAUCAUUCACCGUAGCCCACAUUAGAAGUUGAGAAUAAUUAAAUGGACUGAACGUCUAAAGCGCCUUUUCUAGUCAUACUGACCCCUCAAAGCGUUUUACACUAGAGCCACAUUCUCCCAGUCGCACUCAUUCAUACACUGAUACACAGAUUGUUGGGCAGCAUGGGGUUGAGUGCCUUGCCCGUGGGCACCUUGAUAUAUGGCAGGACGAAACUGGAAUCGAACCAACAGCUACUACUCUUCCCACUGAGACGCCGUCGCCCAUAAGACAAAUUAUUGCACGGAUGGUUUUACAUGUAAACAUAAUUCGGCUUGUAUUGAAUUCCUCUGUCUGCUCCACAUAUCUGCAAACACAUUGCUGACCACAAUCUCAUUCAUCUUGGUUCUGAUUAGACUCCUGCGGUAUUAUUCUGUGUAGGUGGAAGAACAACCAUUUGCUUUUCACUAAAACAUGUAGCCUUGGGCUCAUUGUUUUUCUAGAUUCUUAAAAUUAUGAUUCUGGUUACACUUUGAAGGACAGUUUUCCCCUCACAUUAUCCAUGUCAAACUUCCAUACUUCCCAGUCAAUGCAUCCACGAUGAAUGGAUACAACUGCUGUAUUUUACUUUCCAUACUUAUAUGGAAAAUGCUUAAAUAGAAAUUUGACUCUUUUCUUGCCAUUUAUAUUCAAUAGUUGGUGUGCAAAGUGGAAGGGAAAUAAAGGUUGUGAAUCACUGACAUAAAUCACUCAGAAGCUAAUUUUAAGUUUAAAUAGACAACACUUUAACCUGUUUUCUCUCACCCAGAAUAGACUGCAGAUCCUGUAAGCUCAUUUUCUCCCCGCAACUCAGACUUCAUAUUAAACCAAUGCAGAGCUGCCUGUAGCAGCAUUUUUGGGAUUCGCAAACAGCUCAUUAAAGCAGGUCAGAUAAAAAUAUCUGCAUCACGUUUUUCAGUCUGCAAACAUGAACUGAUUAUUUGUUUUUAUUAAUGGCCAUAACUGAAAGAAUGAUUCCAUGUCAAUUAUUUUAACACACCGAGUCUGAACUUAACUCUACAUGUAAGGAAUCCAGAAAAACCUUUUAUUUGACCAAAGUAAGCUACACAUACAACAGAAUGUCUGGCCAAAAUGAUAUGUUGGUACUGAACAAGGUUUAUUACGUGAUUUAACUGUGUAAACGCAUUUUUGUUGUUAUUUAUGCUGCAAACACCGAGUGUGUGACAAAUAAUGGUGAAGUUGGGCUGAAGUCAUUGUGUUUGCUUUGAAUCACAGAAUCAGAGUUCAGUGAUUCAAACUCUACCCUGUUUGCUAAAAACACUAAAUGUAUGUGGAGCUAAUGUGCUUCCAGGAAACGAAUUAUUUUUUUUAGUUGGCUGGUUAAACAAUCUACUAGAUGUGACGCAUUUCUUAAGAGCAAAAAGAAGUUAAAAAAUAUUUCAUCCUUGUACAUAAUAACUGUGAUGAAAUUCAACUAAAUAAAAAAGGGGGAUUUUCUAA